AAUGAAAUCGACCAAGACCAAUUGGAAAAUGAGUGUAAUGAAAUAUUAGAAAAUGAGAAAUGUAAGAGAUGUGAGAGAGAGGAAAAAAGUUUUAGCCAAGAAUUAGGAAAUAAUUAUUAUUUGGCUGAUGAAGAAGUAGUUUUGGUGAGUGUCCCCACGGCCGAUAUAUUUGGUGGUCCAAUUGAAUUUGCCAAAGACCCUAAUAAAGAAAUGCAUAUCCAUGUUUUAGGAGAAAAAGGAAGCAUGAAAGUUCGUUUAAAUCCUGUGGAAAGGGACACCGAUCGACCAACUGACAUUCCUCCUAAUUUAGAAAGAAAGUUAAUUAGGUUUGUUGCUGAUAACAUAAUUGAUAUCAAAAGGAGAAUAAGAGAAGAGUUAGAAAAAAGAAAUAUUAAGGUCCCUCCAUUUUAA